AUGUCCGGUCCUCAUAAUCUUCACAAUGCGCUUCUGCGCCCUCCGAUUAUCCAAAUCCUCCGCGCUGCAGGCUACCACUCAUCACGACCCUCAGUUAUCGAUACCCUCACAGACCUCACAAUCCGCUAUCUACUACUCCUCGGCUCAUCCGCAGCCGAACACGCCGCAAACAGCCACCCUGACGACCCUGUCCCAACCCUACAAGACAUUCAACUCGCCUUGCAAGACGCAGGCGCGCUACGACCACAAAUGAAAGAAUUUGAAGAAGACUGGCGAGGCGAAGAAGACCUCCGCGGUUUGGAGUCAUUUAUAUCAUGGUUUACGGGCCCUGUCAACCGCGAGAUUCGACGAAUAGCUGGAUACAUACCUACUGAGGGAGAUGUUGUGGACGCCGAUAUGCUUGAAAAAGAGGAUUAUUUGACAGCUUUGAAGAAGAAACAUAGCAAGACGGGCGAAGAGUCGAGAUACGCGGGUACGGUGCUGGGUAAGGAUGCAGAGGAGCAUCCUAUCCUUAUUGAAGGAGGGUCGGCGACAAGUAUUGGAGAGUGGGCCUCACAGAUCAAGACAAAGGAGCCAUUUGAUGAUUCAUCGUCGUCAGCUAUCAGUAGCGUUCCAAGCAGUUUGUCGAGUGGGGAGUGA